AUGCCAGACUAUAGCCCAGUACCAGGUUCAGAUAUCAAGCCUUGGGCCCGUGCGGAAUCCGCCAGCUAUCUGUUCAAAAAUGCCAACGUCAUUGAUGUACAGCUUGGAAAGGUUCUGGAAAAUGUCACAGUGAUCACUCGUCAGGGAAAAAUACAGUCUAUUUCAACAUCACUACCAGAGCCUCUCCCGGCUGACCUCAAGGUAGUCGAUUGCGAAGGGCGGUAUUUGUGCCCUGGACUCUUCGACGCACACGUCCAUUUAUGUGCCGUUCCUGGCUUUAAAGAUCUAUCUCGGGCUUUUGGAAACCCGAAUGAUGUCCAUCUGCUGCGACAACCAUAUACCGCAGCGCAGAUGUUGCACAGAGGUUUCACAAGCAUCCGCGACUGUGGAGGUGCGCAACUCGCCUUAAAAGAAGCUAUUGAAGACGGUAUCUUCCCCGGACCACGUCUUUUCAUUGCCGGCCAUGCCCUCUCUCAGUUUGGUGGCCACGGCGAUCUUCGUGGACCGCAUGAAGCAACGGAAUGUUGCGGCGGCACUCACGACAACAACCAUCUGGGCCGUCUUUGCAACGGUGUCCCCGAGUGCAUGGCUGCAGUACGCGAAGAGAUUCGCUGUGGUGCUGACUUCAUUAAGAUAAUGGGAUCAGGUGGUGUUGCAAGCCCCACUGAUCGACUGGAACAUCUUCAAUUCACAAAUGGCGAGAUUCAGGCCAUGGUCGAAUGCGCAGAUAAUGCCGGCACCUUUGUAACAGCGCAUGCUUAUACAACCAAGGCUAUUCGGCAUUGCAUAGACAACGGAGUGAGAGGUAUUGAGCACGGCAACUUUGUUGAUGCCCCGACUGCGAAGUUGAUGGCUGAGAAGAGCGUCUACCUUACCCCGACGCUAAUCACAUAUGCCGAGAUGUCAGAUGAGCGCUGGAAGGGAUUUUUGCCACCAGAGUCACAGGCGAAGAACCAGCAAGUGCUCAAGUCUGGUCUUGAAGCUUUAAAGAUUGCAUCUGAAGCCGGAGUGAAGAUGUGCUUCGGCUCUGAUUUGCUCGGCCCUCUGGGUCACGCUCAAACACACGAGUUUGCUCUGCGAGCGCAAGUCUUAAAGCCACUUGAGAUCUUGCACAGCGCAACUAUAAAUCCUGCAAAGAUGAUGGGAUGGGAGGACUCUAUUGGUCAGAUUAAGGAGGGCUUCCUAGCAGAUUUGAUUGUUCUGAAUAAGAACCCUCUUGAAGAUGUAACUGUUUUUGACCAGCCUGAGCAGCAUGUUUUGGGUGUGAUGAAAGAGGGUCGUGUUUACAAGAGUCGCUGGAGCGCGCUACCUGAAGAUUCGGAAAUUCCUGUGCGAAUUCAGAUCUAA